AUGCACUACGACCUGCCGCAGAGCGCCCGCAUCCACUACGAGCUGCCUCAGAUUGCCCACAUGCACGACGACCUGCCGCAGCUCACCCGCAUGUCCUGUGAGCUGCUGCAGUGCGCCCACAUGCGCUACGACCUGCCGCAGUGCGCCCACAUGCCAUACGACCUGCCACAGCGCACCCGCAUCCACUACGACCUGCCGCAGUGCGCCCACAUGCCAUACGACCUGCCACAGCGCACCCGCAUCCACUACGACCUGCCGCACCCACAGGGCCUGCAGCACUGUGAUUGCCUGAAAAUCAUUCCCACCCUAACCGCAAGCAAUAACUGUGCCCCGGUCACACCAGUAACAGUACCUACAGUGAGAGGGGUCAACGGUGCUUCCAGUGAGAGGGGUCAACGGAACUUCCAUGACACUAUACAAGAAUCCUUCAGGAAACAUGAAGACAAAGAAGAAGCCUUCAAGAGUGGUAAAGCUCAGCUGGAGACCUCCAGGCGCAAUUCUGAGCUGAAAGCCGCCAGGCGUAAGGCCGAGCUGGAGGCCGCCAGGCAUAAGGCCGAGCUGGAGGCCGCCAGGCGUGAAGCUGAGUUGGAGACUGCCAAGCGUGAGGCCGAGCUGGAGGCCGCCAGGCGUAAGACAGAGCUGGAAGCCGCCAGGCGUAAGGCCGAGCUGGAGGCCGCCAAGCGUAAGGCCGAGCUGGAGGCCGCAAGGCGUAAGACAGAGCUGGAGGCCGCCAGGCGUAAGGCCGAGCUGGAGGCCGCCAGGCGUGAAGCCGAGUUAGAGACUGCCAGGCAUGAAGCCAAGUUAGAGACUGCUAGGCGUGAGGCCGAGCUGGAGGCCGCCAGGCGUGAAGCUGAGUUGGAGACUGCCAGGCGUGAGGCCGAGCUGGAGGCCGCCAGGCGUAAGGCCGAGCUGGAGGCCGCCAGGCAUAAGGCCGAGCUGGAGGCCGCCAGGCGUGAAGCUGAGUUGGAGACUGCCAAGCGUGAGGCCGAGCUGGAGGCCGCCAAGCGUAAGACAGAGCUGGAAGCCGCCAGGCGUAAGGCCGAGCUGGAGGCCGCCAAGCGUAAGGCCGAGCUGGAGGCCGCAAGGCGUAAGACAGAGCUGGAGGCCGCCAGGCGUAAGGCCGAGCUGGAGGCCGCCAGGCGUGAAGCCGAGUUAGAGACUGCCAGGCAUGAAGCCAAGUUAGAGACUGCUAGGCGUGAGGCCGAGCUGGAGGCCGCCAGGCGUGAAGCUGAGUUGGAGACUGCCAGGCGUGAGGCCGAGCUGGAGGCCGCCAGGCGUAAGGCCGAGCUGGAGGCCGCCAAGCAUAAGGCCGAGCUGGAGGCCGCCAGGCGUGAAGCCAAGCUGGAGACUGCCAGGCGUGAGGCCGACCUGGAGACUGCCAGGCGUGAGGCCGAGCUUGAGGCCGCCAGGCGUGAGGCCGAGCUGGAGACUGCCAGGCGUGAGGCCGAGCUGGAGACUGCCAGAUGUGAGGCCGAGCUGGAGGCCGCCAGGCGUGAGGCUUAUCUAGAGACCGCCAGGCGGGAGAUUGAAUUGGAGGCCGCCAGGCGUGAGGCCGAGUUGGAGGCUGCCAGGCGUGAGGCUGAUCUAGAGGCCGCUAUGCGGGGGACCGAGCUGGAGGCCGCCAGACUUGCGGCUCACUUGGAGCCCGCCAGGCGUGAGGCUGACGUGGGGGCCACCAGGCAUGAGGCUUACCUGGAGGUCACCAGGCAUGAGGCUGACCUGGAGGCCUCAAGGCAUGAGGCUGACCUGGGGGCCUCAAGGCGUGAGGUAAGAGGGAAAGUCCACCAAUCAUGA